AUGAAUGCUAUGGUGGGUGUUUCCCAAGGAAAUCUUCGUUAUUUUAAGGCUCGGUUUCAGUUUCAGCUUAGUAUAGAUUCAGAUUUUGGUGCUGGCGGACUGUGGAUUUCAGCUCAGGCUUCGUUCAUGGUCAAGACAGUUUCUGUUCAGUGCAGAUGGUGUCUUGGUUCAGUUUCAACAGGGAAAUUGUUUGACCAGCUUGUUCCCAGUCCGGCAGUUUCAAAGUUCGCCUUCGUCGUAGUUUCAGCCGUUUUGGUUUACCCGUGGUGUGGUGUAAGGACUGUUCCAGUUUUAUUUAUUAAAGGCUCAUCUACAAUCAAUUUUCCCUUUCCCAUUCCAACCACUCCUCUCCAAUUAGCAUACUCAAACCGUAAGGCUCGGCGAUCUGCGACGUCGCGAACGGCAAGUUCGCCUGAGAAAAACCAGGGGCGUCACUUCGCUGAAAAUCCAGGCUUCGAUCCGGUUGGAACUCCGGCAACAAACCCUGCUUCUACCACGAAUUUGUGUCCGGAUUCCAUGGACCACGACUUCUCGCAGUGGCAAACUUCCCCCGACCAAGCGCAGUUCACAAGUCUCUGCCCACCGAAUUUGCACCCUCAUUCUUCCAAGUCGCAGGCAGCCCCGGGCGAGGUGCGGAAGACGGCGAGAUGGAACCAGCUGGAGCACAAAGCGUUCAUUGACACUUGCGAACUUGUCAUAUUUGAGGGUCACCGACGAGGCAAAUGCUUCUCCUCGAAAGGAUGGCAACGAAUAUCAGACCUGUUCAACUCGUCGACGGGGAAGGACUGGACGACAACGCAGAUGAAGAACUAUUGGAAUAAACUGCGAACGGAUCACAAACUUCUGUUUGAGUUGUUGCGAUGCACUGGAAUUGAGAAGGUGAUCGGCUCCACCUCUUUACCUUAUGGUUCCUCCGGGACAAAGACAAACGGAACUCGUACUGUGCUGCGAAGACACCUCACUUGA